AGCCUGCAUGAGGAGUCCAGCCCACCCUGACAGAGGCCAGAAACCAAGGGUCACUGCAGCAUCUCUGCCGGCCUCUACCAUGAACCUGGAGCCACCCAAGGCAGAGAUACGAUCAGCCACCGGGGUUGUAGGAGGACCAGUUACCCCCAAGAAAGGACCGCCUAAAUUUAAGCAGCGGCAGACCAGACAGUUCAAGAGCAAGCCCCCCAAGAAAGGCGUCCAAGGGUUUGGGGAUGACAUCCCUGGAAUGGAAGGCCUGGGAACAGACAUCACGGUCAUCUGCCCUUGGGAGGCCUUCAACCACCUGGAGCUGCAUGAGCUGGCCCAAUACGGCAUCAUUUAGCCAGGGCCCUGCUGUGUGAGCCCUGUGAAGGAGCCCUGCUGGAGUCCCACUGUACCCCACCACCCACUCUAAGCCCUGCCCAGGACUCCUACCUGAGCCCAAGCCUGAGUCCCCAGCCCAGGUUGUCCCUGCCCUCCAGGUGGGACCACCUCAGGUCUUGACUGAAGCUACCAGGAACCUACAAGCCUCCCCAUGACACCCUGCUGACCUUCCAAAGACAGUGGUCUGCAGGAAGAAGGAAGGCAAACCCCAGCCCCACAAACCUAACUCUAACCCCAACCCUCCUGUGUCUGGAAUGCAGGAAGGAGCCCCCUUCCAGGAGUGUUUCCCCAUGCUGCCUCCCCCCUGCAGCCCUUCCAGCUGGGUGUCCUGGGGUGGGACACUGUGACUGUCUAGAGUCCUGGGGCAUGUGGUAAAUGAGGCUGCUCCUCCCAUCACAUCAGCCUUUCACAACACAGCCUAUC